CUAUCGGCCUAUCCACCAGUCGCUUCGUGACCGUUGCCGAGUGAGGUUUGUUCAUGCCGUUCGUACGCGCGCCUCGCGCCGCUCGUCGGGUCUCGUAACAUUGCUACUUGUUACUGGUGGAAAGUUUUCUUCGUAAUUCACUUACCGUCUCGACGGCAUCGAGCUGCCGUUGUUUCGUCGGCCGAGGAGCUCCAGAAGGGCGCGUACAGUUCUGCAUCGCAUCUUUGGAGCGACGUAACCCCAAAGUUACGCGUGCGCGCGCGCGCAGACGUCUCGUGCACGGGUAAACAACGAAGAGUGUGCAGUGUGCAAGUGUAACGCGUCAGUGUUGCUCGCGAUAACGUUUCGCCGACGGCGAAAGGGAUGAAGAAACGGGACUAAAGCAAAUCGUCUGACAAACGUAUAAUAAACGUAAUAAUCGGAAACUCCGGCGCUCCGGAGAACGAUUCGGAAUGUACCGCGGCCGGUGUUUUUCCGAUGCGUAAAGCGCACCGUACAGAGGUCUUUCCCUGCCUUACCGAUCGAAAAAAAGGGUCGCUCGCCGCGAACACAAAGAGCCGCGAGAACGUUGCACCUCGCGUCGUCCCAUUGGCGGUUGAACGUCGUGCGUGAUUCCCCGAAUAAUCGAAGCGACGACCCCUCAAUUCCUGACUCCACAAUUCUGAGAGACUUGCUACUCGCUGCUCGCACGUGAAGCGACCGUUCGCGCCCGAUGCGACGGUAGUGGCGGAUGGAUUGGAGACCGCCGAUGGAUUUUCGGCGAGGAAACGGGUUGUCGCGGAUCGCGUUCUCGAUUACUGGAUCGCACCGGAACGUAGAUUGCGGGACGUCACGUCACCGUCGCGAGUGCCGAUCGGCUUCGUAGCGGCCAUUCAAGCGUGAAUUCGACCAAGUCCUCCAAGUGCUCGGAGCCUCUCCGGUCGACGCUCUUCGCCGCUUCGCACUUGUUGUUGCUGUUAUGUUUGUUGUUGUUAUUAUUGUUGAAGAGUACACGCGCCCGUCGAAAUAGUGUGACACGUGACAUGACGCGUCUCGGCGCGCUCUGAAAAAAAGUGGGUGCGUCGCCGCAAGUGAUACUCGCACGCAAGUUCCCCCUGUAAACGCGCCAAAGCGGGAAACCACGCAGGAAGGAUGUAUCCCAGCGCCGGAAUUAACGCAGCCGUCGCGGCCGCUGCCAGGCAUCCGGGUCCACCGCAACCUGGGCAGCCGUUCAAAUUUUCGGUCAGCGAGUCCUGUGAUCGUAUCAAGGAGGAAUUUGGCUUCUUGCAAGCUCAGUACCACAGCCUUAAAUUGGAGUGCGAGAAACUGGCCAGUGAAAAAAUAGAGAUACAGAGGCAUUAUGUGAUGUAUUACGAAAUGUCCUACGGUCUCAAUGUGGAGAUGCAUAAACAGACGGAGAUUGCAAAAAGGCUAAACGCCAUAAUUGCACAGAUUCUACCGUUCCUCUCGCAAGAGCAUCAAGGGCAGGUCGCCACGGCGGUUGACAGAGCCAAGCAAGUGACCAUGACCGAGCUGAAUGCUAUCAUUGGGCAACAAAGGCCCGACUUGCCGAGACUUCUACAACAGAUGCAUGCCCAGCAGCUGCCUCCGGGCGCAGCAAUGGGACCACAUCCGGGCAUACCUGGACUUCCUGGUCUUGGACCUGGUGCCGGUAUACCCGUGCCCACUUCAGCCUCUGCGGCGUUACUUGGUUUGGGCCUUCCCCCUGGAGCGGCAGGUACUCCCGGUGGAGCCGCACAUCCACUUUCGAUGUUGACGAAACCGGAUCUUCAUCGUGGUCAACCUGACGAUUUGAAACCCAACGGAGGACUCAAUCCAGCGGAAGAGAGGCAUGCUUUUUCUUACAUGUUGCAGAGGAAUUCUAUAUCACCAGCGGAGCGCGAAAAGUACAACAGACCACGCAGCACGCCGGAUCCGCAACACGAGCAUUUGCACCUGAAGAAGAUGAAGAAGGAGCACGACAAGGACAUAGGCCAUCAAAGCGAUGGUGAAAAGAGCGACCAGGAUCUGGUAGUGGACGAUGCGAGCGAAGGUCCAGCCAGUCCGGCAGCUAAUGGUACUGCCUCGCCGCGAGAAAACGGUUUGGACAAACUGGGUCCGUCUUCCGUGUCUCUAAGCGGCCAAGUGAAAAAGGAGGUGCCACCGCCAUCGCCUAGAAGUGGCACCAGUAGCAACGCAAGUACUCCUUCGGCCAAGAAGAUGGAAGAACGCGAGAAACCGACGACUCCUAUCUCGAAACCGGUCACACCAACGUCAGCAGGUGGUAGUAGUUCUGGCUCAGGUGGUCUGAAACCGUCGAGUUCGAGCAAACCGCUGGUCUCGGCUUCGGUGGUCCCUUAUCCGCCGCACUACCCGCCACAUCAUCCGCCCGCGGGAUCUCACGUGGACAUGCUGGGCUAUCCCCCGGCGGCGCUUAACGGCUACCCCGCCAGACCACCUCUUCAGCAACUCUACGACCCUCAUGCCAGUAUGAGGGCACCGCUACCACUUGGUUCUGGUAUUCCUGGUGGCAAGCCUGCGUACAGUUUCCACGUAUCUAGCGAGGGUCAGAUGCAACCGGUGCCUUUCCCAACCGAUGCUCUCGUGGCACCCGGGAUACCGCGUCAUGCACGCCAAAUAAACACGCUCACUCACGGUGAGGUAGUCUGCGCCGUGACGAUCUCGAAUCCUACGAAAUAUGUCUACACCGGUGGCAAGGGUUGCGUCAAGGUGUGGGACAUCAGUCAGGGCGGCGGCGGCAGCUCCAAGCCCGUCUCCCAACUCGACUGCCUGCAACGGGACAAUUAUAUCAGGUCGGUGAAACUGCUGCCCGACGGUAGAACCCUGAUCGUUGGCGGCGAAGCGAGUAAUCUCAGCAUCUGGGACCUGGCGAGUCCGACACCGAGAAUCAAGGCUGAAUUGACCUCCUCUGCUCCAGCGUGUUAUGCGCUCGCUAUAUCGCCAGACUCGAAGGUGUGCUUCAGCUGUUGUAGCGACGGCAACAUCGCUGUGUGGGAUCUGCAGAAUCAGACGCUAGUUCGACAGUUCCAAGGGCACACGGACGGCGCCUCGUGUAUCGAUAUUUCGGCCGACGGUUCCAAGCUGUGGACCGGCGGUCUGGAUAACACUGUCCGCUCGUGGGAUCUCCGAGAAGGCAGGCAACUGCAACAGCACGAUUUUACAUCGCAGAUAUUCUCUCUCGGAUAUUGUCCCACCGGCGAGUGGCUGGCUGUGGGCAUGGAAAACUCGAAUGUCGAAGUUUUGCACGCCACGAAGCCUGACAAGUAUCAGUUGCAUUUACACGAAUCGUGCGUGCUGUCAUUGCGUUUUGCUUCAUGCGGCAAAUGGUUCGUCUCCACCGGCAAAGACAAUCUGCUUAACGCGUGGCGCACUCCAUAUGGUGCCUCGAUAUUCCAGUCGAAGGAGUCGUCUUCGGUGCUUAGCUGCGAUAUUUCUACCGAUGACAAGUACAUCGUGACGGGAUCCGGCGACAAGAAGGCUACGGUCUAUGAAGUCAUAUAUUGAAAACAUGCAUUGACGUACUUGAAUAUUUCUGCAACAUCGAUUAUUCCAAGGUUUUUGUAACAUUGUGAUGUAAUGGGACUUAUUAUGAAAGAUGAAAGGAAAAAACUUAAGGAAUUGACGAAAACUCAUUUCUUUUACACGCAAUGUGAUCUGUACUUGGAAGAGUGCUAGAGUAGUUUCGGAGGGAUUGAUGAAAGCUGAUCGAUGUGUUGUAAUAUGUUCGACGGAAUAAAACCCGAAUUACGUUUUAUCUUUUCGUGACGAACUCUAGAAGAGUUAAAUUAGUCAGGAAAUGAUAUAUAAAAAUUACGGGAGAAUAUAAAUAUAUAAAAAUUGCAAAAUGUGUGAUUGCAUAAAAUUGUAUAGAGCCUAUGAUCGUAAGUAGAAUGAAUGGAGCGCAGAGAGAACGAGUUCGUGUGUAAGUAAAUAAGUGCAGGAGGCAUUUAACGCAGGUGAUGCGGCAGGAGGUGAUGCGGGAUCGCGCAUGUGUAAUAUGUUGCUGAUGUAAUAUAGAAUCUUUACAGUUAGAUCCUGUUUUGUGCGUGCGAGAGAUAAGCGGAGCGGGGAGUCGAGCGCAUUUCGUCGGAUGGGGCGAUUCUGGUGCAGCUGCAUUGUAAUAAUGAGGACAAACGCCACGGCGAAAUACCUGAAUACGUACGGAAUGCUGAUCUAGUGUCGUAGACUUGUCAAAGUAGGGAUGUAUGUUGUGUCGCAGACUUAAACAUAAUAUAUCGAGCACACACGUAGACAGAAUGUUACGUCAUGUAGCGGUGAAAACUGUAGGGCUAUGAGCAACCGAUGAGUACCGAUCACGAUUAACAGCGUUGCACGUCAUCGCGUAUGUUCAGCGUUGAGAUCAAGAAUCCGAGUGAUCUUUGACAUUUCUACCACCGACAGGAAGAAUAAUUUGUACUUAUAAAGUUCACAGAUUUUUUUUAAAUGUUAGAUGUGUAAAUUAAUUAAUUCUCUUUGUAACGAAAAUAUAAAAUUUGGAUUCUCUUAAAAAAUAUUUUUAACCGAAUUGUUUUGUGAAAGAGAUAGCAAUUACUCUGCCAUGUCACGUUCCAUAAAUGUCGGCGUGACAUUUCAAGAAGCCGUGAUAUUUAAAUAUGUGGAGUAAAAUUUUAGAGUUAUUACAGCAAUGUGGCUAACACGGUUUUUCCAACCACGGAUUAAUUUAUACAUCUAAUACGAUCCUUUCGUAAGUAUAUAUGGCACUGUUACGUCUGCCGUUAAGACUUUAUUGUAAUUGAGAUUUUAUAAAUGUGUCGGAGAAAAACGGCGAAAGAUACUUUUCCGAUCUUUUGCAGUAACUGUGUGCGGAGUAAUUAGGGGAAAAAAAGAAACAAAACUGGCUUUCAUACGCCUAUUACGAGCGAUAUCGAAUACAAAUUCUACAAGUCGCGCGGAAUGUGCGUGCAAAUUCUUGAUACAAUGUACAUUGUUUGCGACUGCCAUAAUAGGCAUAUACAUACACUGCGCACAUGCACAAACAUGCGUAAACACACGUACAUACACGAGCGAGCGGACCACGUUCGUGGGCGGAUUUUGCAGAAUAUUCGAUAAAGUAUUUUUGUGACUAUUCAUCGUGAUUCUAGACUUUUAACCAUCGAGCAAUCCGGUCGAGCGCGAUCGAUAACGCGCGCGUCUGCAUCGGUUGCAGCGACAUGGGGAAAAAAAAACCGAUAUUGUAAAACGGCGAGACACUUAAAACUCUCUACACUAUUCUUCGGUGCAGUUACAGAACCGGAGGUGCGUCUGGACUUAGGGUACUAGCUAGCGCAUUAUUAUUCGGAACCGUAUGGUGAAAUGCGGGUGAUGCGUAAUUGCGAGAUUUAUAUUUUGUUACAGGAAGGCACACACACAUACACACGUUGACACCGCUGUGUUCGUCCGAAAAAUGCAAUGCCAUAAUACUGCCGCGAUGAAAUGAAGACGGAGAAAGAAAGAAAGAGGAGACGAGUUUUACAACGCGAAGCUUACGUAGUUACGACGCGCGGGUUGAUAAACCGGUAAACGGAUCUGAUUUUGGACGAGCACAGCUCCGAUCAUCUAGACCAAUAGAAACAACGAUACCUCAAGAAGACUCAAUAGUUAAUUAUCUCAUCGACUUGUACAGAAUCAAUAUUCUUUUACAGUUGAAUAACACACGCACCGUGGAAGCAAAGCAUUACGCGAAACGAACGAUCGCAUAGCCGCGAUAAAUGAUUGUACCCCCCGAUUUUUCCUCCCCAGUACCCCCCCGUACUCUAUUGCAUGAGUUGAGUUGCGUCUCCGUGCUCGCAUUUUGCACUUUGCGAGAGCAUACGAAAGCCGCCGUGGGAGAGAAUAUACGUUCAUAAUAAACGGAAGACAGACAGCGUUAAUCUUUUUCCAAGCACUGUUCAAGUUGUUCCUAUAGCUACGCGAAAAUUGUUUCUUUCGGCAAUUAAAUCCUCUAUAUCUAUAUAC